UGACACUAUUCAAAUCAAACCCCUAUGAUGAUCAUCAUCGUGUCCCAUUUCUCCUUCAGACGUUGAAUCUCUUCUCUUCUCUUCUCUCCCAUGGCGGUGUUGAGCCGACUCCUAAAAUCGAGGCACUGUGUCUUCUCUUCAAUUCUCUGCACUAUUCGAACCUUCUCUUCUUCUUCUUUGAUUUCUAGAACCCACCUACGAUUGUCUUCUUCUUCUUCUCCUUCUCUGGAAAGGAAUGUCCAAUGGGUUUUUCUUGGCUGUCCCGGCGUGGGCAAAGGCACGUAUGCAGGCCGUCUCACUAAGCUCCUCGGCGUCCCUCACAUCUCCACCGGCGAUCUGGUUCGGGAAGAGCUAGCUAAUCGGGGCGCUCUCGCCUCUCAGCUUGAGAAGAUUGUUAACCAAGGACACUUGGUUUCAGAUGAAAUCAUUAUUGAUUUACUAUCCAAGCGUCUUGAAGCUGGAGAAUCCAGAGGUGAAUCAGGUUUUAUUCUUGAUGGAUUCCCUCGAACUAUAAGACAAGCUGAAAUCUUAGAGGGGGUGACAGAUAUUGACUUGGUAAUUAACUUGAAGCUCAGAGAAGAAGCUCUACUUGCUAAAUGCCUUGGAAGGAGAAUUUGCAGUGAAUGUGGAGGGAACUAUAAUAUUGCUUGCAUUGACAUUAAGGGUGAGAAUGGAAGCCCUGGAAUGUACAUGGCUCCUCUUCUUCCUCCAUCCGAAUGCACAAAUAAGCUCAUCACCAGGUCCGAUGACAUUGAAGAAGUUGUUAAGGAACGACUUCGAGUGUACAAUGAAAUGAGUCUUCCUUUGGAAGAUUUUUAUCGUUGUCGUGGGAAGCUUCUUGAAUUUGAUCUUCCGGGUGGAAUCCCUGAAUCUUGGCCUAAGCUGCUGGAAGCAUUACAUUUGGAUAACUACAAUGAUGAAACAUCAUUAGCAGCUUAAAGUAUUUUAGGUAAGGUUCGAUCAUUCUUUUCGCUUGUAACUCGUAAAUUAUGACAAAGAGAAAUCUCAAAUCUCUCUUAAGGUAUCUAUCUAGAAGAUCAUCCCUUUACUAAGGAUUUGUGUGAAUUGUAUGAAUUUAAUGUACCCAUUAUUUGUAAGAGGAAGAAAUGAAUAUAUAAUAUAUUAGUAAAUUUGAUAGUUAAUGAUAUUGGUGUAUGUAC